AUGGCUCACUGGAAUCUCUCCCUCUUCUUUGGCUUCCAAAUCCUUUGGACCAUGUUCAGUCUUUGCAGUGCCUUUCCGACAGGAGCUCCUGCCUCAGCCUGUGAGAAUAUGUUACCCAUGCACACUGGGGUCCAGCCCCAACAAACGCUGGCUCCCUAUGAAUUUCUGGUUAACUCACCAUCUUUCCUAAAUGGGCAACCAAUUAACAUUCAGAUUCUUGGGCCUGCAUACAGAGGAUUGUUGUUAGAGGCUCGUUCAUUUGGCUCCACCACUGCACUGGGCUUUUGGAAGAAUCCACCCAACAAUACAAAACUCUUACAGUGUUCUGGAAACCCACAUGGAGCAGUGACUCAUUCCAACACCAAUUUAAAAACAAGACAGACGACUUAUACAUGGCUCCCACCUAAUUCUGGCUGCCCCCCAGUGGUUACAUUCCUAGCAACAGUUGCCCAGUCUCAUGAAAUCUACUGGACCAACAUUAAGUCCAAAGUGAUCUGGAAAAAUCCCAAAGCUUCAUGUGGAGCCGAGACACUGACCAGAACACUGUCUGCUACAGCUCCUCUGCUACUGGUUUUGUUUGAAUACAUUUAA